AUCAUAUUUUUAGCUGAGAGACAUCUUCUUCAAUUCCCUUGUAUAAAUCUUCAACUCCCCUCAAACUUCCAGGCCAAAAGUUUCAUCUCAACUCUAUAUACCUCCCUCUCUCUCUAGACAACAUGGGCAACUACAUUUCUUGCAGCCUAGCAACCCCAAUAUUGAGCAAGCAUGGGAAACCUGCAGCCACCAAAGUGAUCAUCCCAAGCGGCGAAAUCAAACAAUUUCACGUCCCCAUAAAAGCCGCCGAGCUCAUGCUCGACACCCCAAACUUCUUCCUCGUGAACACCAAGUCUCUUCGUGUCGGAAGAAGAUUUUCACCUCCCAAUGCCGACGAAGACUUAGAUAUCGGCGACGUAUACGUCACGUUCCCCAUGAUAAGGCUCAACUCCACCGUCACAACGACUGAUAUGGGGCCACUGUUCCUCAAGGCCACCGCGUCCAGCUCCUCAAGCAAGUGGGCUUCCGGGAGAAACGUGAAGGUGAGGCCGGCUGAUGAUCACCAUCAGGCCACGAAAUUUGCUCAUGAUGACGGCGAAGAGGGUAAGAUGAUUGAGAGUUGGAGGGAAAGUUCGGAUAAUAAGGCGGCGAUGCCGAAGUUGAAUUUGGAUGAUAUAGAAGAUUUCUCGGCGCCGGAGUUCAUGCACAGAUUGUCUAUGAGUAGGUCAAAGAAGCCAUUGCUGGAGACCAUAGCAGAAGAGCCUGCAGUUUCUGUUUCUUCAAGGUGAUUAUUAUUCAUGGCAUGUACAGUAGGGUUAUUUAUGGAAUUUUAGCCCUGUCAACGUGGGCUUUCACCUCUCCACCACUGGAA